CAAUCCCUUCGUGAUUUAGGCAUUGAGCAGGACAACUAAACCUGAAGACCCGGCUCCCAUGUGGGUCUUUCAGCGCUGAACAGACUAAAGAGACAUGAAGAAUUGUCCGGGAUCUCCGGGAAUAGACGGGAGGCUCAAGUACCGGCUCACCCAGUAUCUGAGCAGUAACAAAUGUGGUGGAUACGUGGAUAUCGCUGUAGUAGCUGCUGAUCUACAGAAGUUAUACAGAGCAGACUAUGGCAGGAGAAAACAGAAUGCCUUCCGAAUUCAGGUAGAAAAAGUGUUUAAGGUUAUCAGCAGUGAGACUGAGGGCAUUGACACCCUGGAAGGGACACACCUGGCAAAAAGGGCAAAAAGAGGAGACGAUGGAAAUCUAGAAAUUUCAUCUGACUCUACGGAUAGUGAUGACUACGCAGAUCAACCUUCUUCAAAUCACAUGAACAAUUCUCUGCUAUCCUUGUACCGCAAAGGGAACCUUGACUCCGUAUUGGAGACUCCUGUCAAAAAUGACCUUCCAGACACCAGCACUCCAGCACAUCCUACCAAGAAUGCCCGUAUGGCAACAGUCGGGACCCCCCAGGGCACUAAGACACCAGAAGCUGGCUGGUUUAUUGACAAAACUCCCAGUAAGGCAAUGGAGCAAAGCAUCCUCAUUGAUCUGUGCGAGGAUGGAGCAGAGGCGUCGGCACAGAAUGAGAACCCCCUGGACCUUUCCCUCUUGGAGAGUGAGAAGAAGAGAAAGACCCCAAAGACCAGGAACGGUCGAAAGUCAAAAAGCAAAGCUAAUGAUGUCGAUGCGGAAAUUGAGAACCGGCUCUUAAAUGAUAAAGGAAAGGGUAAAGUCCCAGAGGUGCAGCAUUCUUCUCUGAGGUUUGAGGAUAUUGGGGGAAAUGAAGAUACCCUAAAGGAGGUGUGCAAAAUGAUGAUUCACAUGCGUCACCCUGAAGUUUACCAGCACCUAGGUGUGGUGCCUCCGCGGGGGUUUCUUCUGCACGGGCCGCCAGGAUGUGGCAAAACCUUACUGGCUCAGGCAAUUGCUGGGGAGCUGGACAUGCCGAUUCUCAAGGUGGCAGCCACUGAAAUGGUCUCGGGUGUUUCUGGGGAGUCGGAACAGAAGCUCAGGGAGCUCUUCGACCAAGCGGUGUCCAGUGCUCCCUGCAUCCUGUUUAUAGAUGAGAUUGAUUCCAUAACCCCAAAAAGAGAAGUGGCCUCUAAGGAUAUGGAGAGGAGGAUUGUGGCCCAGCUACUUACCUGCAUGGACGAUUUAAACAGCCUUGCCGUGACUACUCAAGUCCUCGUCAUCGGAGCCACAAACCGGCCCGAUUCACUGGACCCCGCUCUGAGACGUGCUGGAAGGUUUGACCGGGAAAUCUGCCUGGGGAUUCCUGAUGAAGGUGCCAGAAAAAGGAUUCUACAGACGUUGUGCCGUAAGCUGAAACUCCCAGAACCCUUUGACUUCUGCCGUCUGGCUCACCUGACUCCGGGAUAUGUGGGGGCAGACUUGAUGGCACUGUGCCGGGAAGCCGCAAUGUGCGCAGUGAACAGAGUCCUUAUCCAGAUAAAGGACCAACAAGCUACUACAGAAGCAGCUGUGGAAGAGACAGACCCUCAGCCAGGAGCCGUAGCAUUGCAAGCAGAGAAGCAGACAACUGCACCUGCCCAGAAUGAGCUGCACCGGUUACUUGCGUUGCUGCAAGAACAGACUCCAUUACCGGAGGCGGAGCUGCUGAGCCUGUGCAUCGAGAUGGAUGAUUUCCUUGGUGCCUUGCCCAUGGUACAGCCCUCUGCUAAGAGAGAAGGAUUUGCCACCGUCCCUGAUGUUACCUGGGCCGAUAUUGGAGCGCUCGAGGAAAUCCGGGAAGAGCUUACCAUGGCAAUUCUGGCGCCAGUGAGAAAUCCAGAACAGUUUAAAGCCCUUGGCCUGAUGGCACCAGCUGGAGUCUUACUGGCAGGACCCCCUGGCUGUGGCAAAACUUUACUGGCAAAGGCUGUUGCAAACGAAUCUGGACUCAAUUUUAUUUCGGUGAAAGGGCCAGAGCUGUUGAACAUGUACGUUGGAGAGAGUGAACGCGCAGUCCGACAAGUCUUCCAGAGGGCUACAAACUCUUCUCCUUGUGUGAUAUUUUUUGAUGAGAUCGAUGCUCUCUGCCCACGUAGAUCUGGACAUGAUUCAGGUGCCAGCGUGCGGGUAGUGAACCAGCUGCUGACUGAGAUGGACGGACUUGAAAGCCGCCGGCAGGUAUUCAUAAUGGCAGCAACAAACCGGCCAGAUAUCAUUGACCCAGCCAUCCUGCGACCCGGACGCCUCGAUAAAACACUGUACGUGGGGCUUCCUCCCCCUGCCGACCGGUUUGCAAUAUUAAAGACUAUCACUAAGGAUGGAACCCGCCCGCCCUUGGAAGCCGAUGUCAACCUGGAAACGAUUGCUAGUGACGUGCGCUGCGACUGCUUCACGGGUGCUGAUCUCUCGGCCCUUGUACGGGAAGCUUCAAUAAGUGCCCUGAGGCAAGAGAUGUUAGUGCAGGAGCCGCACACAAACCCAGGGCAGAUCAAGGUGAGCCAAAGGAAUUUUGAAGAAGCUUUUAAUAAAGUGAAACCCUCAGUGUCCAAGAAGGAUCAGCUGAUGUACGAGCUCCUGCGCCAGUCACUCAGCCGAUAGCCGACACAUGAGUGAAAGGAGGAGAUGUUUAUGUAGCAGAGGACUUUGAAGGGUCAGGGUUUGAUACCAGCGGCCUUGUACAGUUAACCCAAUCCGUUCCAGUGCCAAGCAUCGUGCAGGGUUAAUGAACAACCAAUGUGAGCAGAGCGAUUCCAGCAGCAGGCCGCAACUAAACCGCUCUGUACAGUCUGCUCUUAUAGACCGUGUAACGGACAGAAACUAUUUUAAUUAAUGCAACAAGUAUAUAUGGAUAAAUGCGGUCAGAUGAACCUGCCCUGGAGAGCUCACAAUCAAAGGGGACUUUAGUUAUAAACAAAAAUGUCAUUCUCCUCUUGUUUGAUUGUGGUCCGUAUCUUUAAUUGGGACAAUUCCAGUAAGUUGGCAGGACAAAGCUUAGGUGCAGGGACCCCUGGAGGAGUGUCCUGCCAACUGAGUAGAAUGGGGUGCCAUGAUUUCUGAUGGUGACCCUGAUUGUUGCCUGUUAGAUGUCAACCAUUAUGCAAUUGUUCUAUACUGGUUCCCACAGUCCAGGGGCAAGUGAGUGGAGAUGAUGCGAGGCCAAGGGGGAUUUCCUGGCGUCAGGGGCCCCUGAGGGGGUGUGGUGGGGGGGGGGGUAGAAGUCCUUGUACACCCCAGUCCAACACUGGAGCCAAUGAAACCUUCCCAGGGGCAGUACAAACGGCAAACACACAAAUACAGCACCGUGGAAUAUGUAGGCACUAUAUGAAUAAAGAACAAUAAUACACAGUGCUGUACAGAUUAUAUUUCUGUCUCUGGCACAGCAGAGCUUACAAUCUAAUGUCCCUAUCACAGUCACACACAAGGGGACUUUUAGCAGGAGCCAAUAAACCCGCCUGUAUAUUUUUUUGGGGUGUAUAAGGAAAGCAGAGGAAACCCACACAGACAUAUGCAGAUAGAGCCCAGUCUGGAAUUGAACACAGGACCCCAGCGUGGCAUGUGUUAACCCUUGCACCACCGUGCUGCCCCCGUACAUGUAUGAUGUUUUCUAUGUCCAUAUUGUGUUCUGGGCACUUGUAGAUGGUAAUUAUUCUAAUGAUUGGUUGUAUUGUUUGUACAGUUAUUAGUCUGAUCACGAUCAAUUAGUCUAAUCAUUUUAGUGAAGCUCAUGCAGCGUAUAUAAUGGGGCAGGUUGGGACAGGUCCUGAUUUCCUUGGAGCAGAGCCUUCUGUUAUAUUAUUAUUAUAGUCACCCUUACCUCUUUCAUUAUUCUCACAGGCACCAUCUCCUCUUCCUGUAAAUAUACAGUACAACGUGUAGCUGUAACUUACUGUGUGCCCAGAUCAUUCCUACUCUGAAUAUUUGUAUUUAUACAUAUGGUUGGGAGGUGCCGUAUUGUUUCCUUUAAAUAUUAAAGUUUGAGGGCAUAGCCUAAUGUGUGCCCAGAUCAUUCCGUCAUGUAUAUUUGUAUUGAUACCUAUGGGCAGGACAUGCCAUGUUGUUUUCCUUAUAAUAAGAGUAUCGUUGGUGUGCCCAGAACAUUACAAUUGUAUUUCUCUAA